AUGGGAGAUAAAAAUAAAUAAAUUCAAAUCAAAUUAAAAUAAACCUCUUUUUAAAUGAUGAUAGAUAUUGAAAAAUAAUUUGUAAUAACACCCACUUGAAAAGGAUCCCAUAAUGAUGAUGGAGAAAUAAAUUAGCAUAAUGAUAGAUUAAAAAAACAUUUAAAAGUAAUUUAAAUUGUUAAAUUAAGAAAAAUAUUUCGAAAUUAUUGUCCAAAUCAAUUUUAAGAAAAUUUGUCACAAGAUUUAAUUCAAUUUAUUCUAAAUUUAGAAGAUUAAAAAAAAAAAGAAUUUUGAUCACCUAAAGAACCUAAAAAAUAAUUUAAUAGGAGGUAAAUAAUUUUUAAAUAUUCAGAAUUAAUCUAAUAGAAAGCAAGAAGUUGAAUCAGCUAUCAUAAAUGUGAAGGAUUAGAAUUAAUAAAGUUUAGUGAUACAUUAUAGAAAGUAAUAGAUAUUUAUAAAUAAAUUAUAGAAUUUUUCAGAUAAAGAAUUAGGAAGAGUUUUGGAAAAGAAAAUAUAAAGUUUAGAAUUUUUUAGAGCAGAGAAAUAUGAAAAUAAAAAUAAUGUUAAGGAAUACUUAUUAAAAUGA